UCCUCUUCAUCAUCACCUUCUCUUCAAAUCCAUGACCUUGAAAAAAAUGAUGAAGAGACAAUCAAGAAAACUGAAGAUCUUCCGAUUAAUAGAUACAAAGAAAUGAUGUCAACUUUACCAAGAGAAAAAAAUUGGGCAAACUCUAUUGAGGAUUUUUACCAGUACCAGGGUUUUUGGUACAUGGAUUUCAUCUUGGAAGGAGUCCUUUCUGUUCAAGAAAACUUCAAAGCUAAACCUACAGAUAUAAUCUUAGCCAGUUUCAUGAAAACUGGAACCACAUGGCUUAAAUCUAUGGCUUUUGCUAUUAUUACUCGUUUAAGCUUCGAUCUUUCAACAAAUACUAGCCCUUUAUACACUAAAGGACCACACGAGUGCAUUCCUUUCUUGGAAUAUGAUAAAAUGGAGAAAAUUAUUGAAAUUCCUCUUCUGGGUACACAUAUUCCAUAUACUUCUUUGCCAAAAUCAAUUCUUGAUUGUGGUUGCAAAAUUGUUUAUAUAUGGAGAGACCCAAAAGAUGUGUUUAUUUCCCUGUGGUUUUUUCUUGGGAAAAUAUUCAUGUAUAGUAACGAUGAACCAAUUCCUUUGGAAGAAGCGUUUGAGCUUUUUUGCAAAGGAAUUGUAACCAACGGACCUUAUUGGGAUCAUGUUUUAAGUUAUUGGAAAGCCAAAUUAGAGUUUCCCGAGAAAGUAUUAUUCCUGAAAUACGAGGAAAUGAAGGAUGAUACGUAUUUUUACGUAAAGACAUUGGCGGAGUUCAUGGAUUACCCUUUUACUAUAGAGGAAGAAGAAAAUGAGGUGGUGCAAAAGAUUGUAAAUAUGUGUAGUUUUGAGAAUAUGAGUAAUUUGGAGGUGAAUAAAAAUGGAAAAUAUCAUUCAAGUGCAUCAGUUCCUAUUGACAAUAAUGCUUUUUUCAGAAAAGGUAAGGUCGGAGAUUGGGAGAAUUAUUUGACGCCUGAAAUGGACCGUUUGGAUGUGAUAAUGGAGGAAAAACUUAUGGGUUCAAGCUUAACAAUGAUGCCCAAGUGCCCUCCAAGUGAUUUACCUUGGAACUAGCUUUCUUUAAUUACUUUAUAAAAUCUUAGAAUAAUUUAUUUCCCUUUCUUUGUUUGGUUUUUGAAUUUUUUUUUAUUGGGAAGUGAGUUUAUAAGAACGAUCUUAUAUAAGUAUUUCUUACACUAGAUGAACCUUU